UCUGCACAGCUCAUGCUGUGAUAUCCGCUCUGGAAAUUCCAUUCUGCUUCGCUUUGUCUCUCCGCCUCUGGAAUUCCCUAUAAAGGGAGAGGAGACUAGCCUCUCAGUGUCACAGCUGGUGUUUGCCGUCCUCCCUGGCCCGGCUCCGCUCAGCCUCUCUCCACAGCAACAUGAAGGUCUGCGUGGUUGCCCUCGCCGUUCUCACCAGCGCUGCCUUCUGCUCCCUGGCCUCCUCUGCCCCACUGGGAUCGGACAUGCCCAUCUCCUGCUGCUUCUCCCACACGGCCCGCCAGAUCCCGCGCAGCCUGGUGGUGGAUUACUAUGAAACCAGCAGCAAGUGUUCCUUACCUGCUAUAGUGUUUAUUACGAAGAAAGGCAGGGCCCUCUGUGCCAACCCCAGCAACUCCUGGGUCCAAGCCUAUGUGACCCACCUGGAUCUGAACUGAGCAGAGCUGGGGACAGAGAAUUAUUCCUAUUUAUUACAUGUAUUACAGUAGCACUUCGCAGCCCCAUUGUGCAAGGUGCUGUCACAUGGGACAAACAGGCGAUUCCUGACCCCGAGCCCUGGCCACCUAAGGACAGAGUUCAAUGGGCCCCGGAAGGAUCUCACCUCACUUCUGCUGACACAUGCCAGGAUGCUGCGACCAACCCACUUUUCAAACAACUGACAAACGCUGGACUUUUAACAUAUCAUGUGAAGCUAUUUCAGACAUGCAGCUGGGACCACAUUCGUUGUAUUGCUAAUUAUAUUAUUUAUGGAAUGCAUGCAGGUGAGUCACAUGACUCCCCGUGCAUCGCAGUGACUGAUACAAAAACACGCCAGGCUGUUGAAUGUGUUGGGUUCUUUGUGCUGUAAUAUUAGGCGACGACCAGGGAUUGGGUAGAGCGAUGAUUU